CCUUCUUUUACUUUGAAAAGUUGGAGUGGUGACGUCACAGCUCCUCACCGACAAAACCCAGGCAUCAGCAACAAAGACGUGAAACAGCCAACAACAGGUAAGGUGGUAAAGAGAAAGUAAAUGACAGAGCACCAGUCUGUGUGUCUGGAUUCAAUGAAGGACCGCAGCACAUUAAAAGGAUCUAAGUCCAGAAUGUUUCAUGUGGAUAAAAGGAUGUUUCAGUUCUCAUCAGGAACUUCUUCAAUUCUAACUAACUGUUAAUGCACAGAAGAAGAGAGCAAGAAGGAGAAAAGGGGAACAGAACCUUGAAGCAGACAAGCGAUAUCCACAAGUGUAAUGGGAGACUCCAUGUUGUAUAUGGUGCUGUUAGCGUUCAUCCAUCUCAGUCAGAGCCUAGAUGUACAGAAAACCCUGUAUGGGUCCAAAUGGUUUCAGGAAAAUGUCCUAAAACUUAGUGAUUUGGCAUCCAGAAGCAACUCACAGCAGCUCCCAAAUUCUCACAACUUCUCUGUGGAUAUUCGAAUGCCUGGUGUUUUGCCAACUCAGUCGGACACUUACCUUUGUACCGCAUUUCCUGUACCAACCAGUCAAGAUGCAUAUAUUGUGGAUUUUAUACCUCAUGCCAGUAUGAACACAGUUCAUCAUAUGCUGCUGUUUGGCUGCCGGACCCCUGUCUCCACCGCUGGUUAUUGGGACUGCGGAAGUUCACAAGGUACUUGUAAGGAUGAAGCCUCUAUUAUGUAUGCCUGGGCACGGAAUGCACCUCCAACAAAACUACCCAAAGAUGUUGGUUUUAGAGUUGGAAAAAAUUCAGGAAUGGCCUAUUUUGUGCUGCAGAUUCAUUAUGGAGACGUCAGCUCCUUCAGAGAUCAUCACAUAGACUGCUCCGGACUAAGUUUAAAAAUGACUACUAAACCGCAGCCGUUCAUUGCUGGCAUGUACCUGCUCAUUUCUAUGGACACGGUCAUCCUUCCAGGAAAAAGAGUGACAAAUUCAGAUGUUGCUUGUGAUUAUACUUCAUAUCCAAUCUACCCGUUUGCCUUCAGGACACACACACACAGCCUUGGUAAAGUAGUAAGUGGCUACAGGAUUCGGAACGGAAAGUGGAGCCUGAUUGGACGACAAUCUCCACAGUUACCUCAGGCGUUCUAUCCUGCUAACAGAGAGGUGAAUGUACAGUACGGUGACACAAUUGCUGCCAGAUGUGUGUUUACUGGUGAGGGCAGAUCUUCCAAAACAUACAUUGGUGGUACCUCAGCUGAUGAAAUGUGCAACUUCUAUAUAAUGUAUUACAUGGAAAGCAAACAUGCCAUUCCCUUUAUGAACUGCAUGGAACCGGGCUCUAAGGAACUGUUUAGAUCAAUCCCUGCAGAGGCAAAUGUUCCCAUCACGGUCCCUCAAAUGAAUUCUAAGAUGCAUAUGGAGCACACUGCAGAUGAAACGCCACUCUUGAACACCUGCGAUGAAGACAAGGUUCUGGAUCAGGAUUAUCAUCUGGAGCAGGUCUCAUCAUGGCCCCAGAGUUCUCUUCAGCUGGGUCAGGUUUCAGGACUUGCUCUUGACUCCAAUUCUAACCUGGUCAUUUUUCACAGAGGCGACCACCGCUGGGGGAUGGAUUCUUUUAACAACCAGGCCAGGUACCUGCAGAGGUCCCUGGGACCUAUUCAGCAGUCCACUAUUUUAGCUGUUGACCCGUCCAAUGGCAGAAUCCUGAAGGCUUCUGGCAGAAACAUGUUUUACUUGCCCCAUGGUAUAACUACAGACAAGGACAAUAACUACUGGGUGACUGAUGUUGCUCUUCAUCAGGUGUUGAAAGUGGACAGUGAUGGUAGAGACAGAAUCUUACUGGCUCUGGGAGAAGCUUUCACUCCAGGAAGUGACAUCAACCACUUCUGCAAACCCACGGAUGUUGCUGUAGACACAGAGACUGGGGACAUCUUUGUGUCUGACGGCUACUGUAACGCCAGAAUAUUGAAGUUUUCUGCUGAUGGCAAAUACCUGUCUCAGUGGGGUGCAGGUUCAUCAGACCGAAGAAGACAGACACCCUUCCAGAUCCCCCACAGUCUGGUCUUCCUUCCUGACAGAAAAGAAGUGUGUGUAGCUGACAGAGAGAAUGGACGCAUCCAGUGCUUCAUCGCUGAAACAGGACAGUUUGUCAAGGAAAUAAAAAAAGACGAGUUUGGAGGAAAAUUGUUUGCCAUCACCUAUAGCCCUGUUGGAGAUGGGCUGAUCUUUGCAGUAAAUGGAGAAUCACUGUAUCACUCCGCUCCUCUCAGAGGCUUUGUGAUCAAUUAUUCAACCAAUAGAAUUCUGGAUACAUUCAUCCCAAACAAAAAGGAGUUUAAAAUGCCUCAUGAUAUUGUUUUAUCUGUGGAUGGAAGCGUCUUUGUCGGGGAUGCAGGCAGUAAUUCUGUUUUCAAGUUUACUGCUGAGAAGUUUCAUCGAUCUGUUAAAAAAGCUGGAAUCGAAAUCCAAGAACUUUUUGAAAUGGAGUCUUUGGUUCAGAGCAAGAUGAAGCAAGAUCUCAACAUUUCAAAGCCAGCUUUGGUCCAGGAGAAGCAAAUUGUUGGACAGAAAGAUCACCCAUUGGUGGAAAUGGAAGAGAGGAAAAGCAGACCAAUGUUAAACAAGGAGAAGGGUGUGCUUCCUGCCAUAAUCACCACCUUGCUUCUUAUUCCUCUACUGCUUGUUGUCUUCCUGGGAGUCUUUAUGUGCUGGAGGAAAAACAGUAAAACUGUGGGUUCCCUGAACCUGGGAAAAUUCUUUGCAUCUAACAAGGGAUACAGUCGUCAGGGUUUUGACCAGCUGAGUACCGAAGGCAGCGACCAGGAGAGGAAUGUUGAGGACAGCAGCGACUCUGACAACGAGGAGUACUCUGCGCUGCCUCCUCCUCAUUCAUCUUCUUAGGUAACCUAGCGGCACAGGUGCCACUCUUCUGCUUAGGUUCCUCAGAUGUGGUUCUUCACUGUGUUUGUAACUGUUGUGUAUGCUGCCAAUCCUGCUAUUUAUUGUAAAUAUUUAAAUGUGGCAUUGUAUCUAAGAAAAUUUUAUUAGACAUGCACACGACCCUGAUGACAGUUAUAGUUCUAUUUUUCUCUUAGUAAAAUUGCUUUUAUGGAAGCUUUUAGUACAAUUCAGAAAACCAGGCGCGCUUGCUGAACAGGUCAUUCACAAAACAUACUGUUGCUCAUAAAUAUGCAUCAUUCUGCAUCAGCAUGUUUUGAAAAAAUAGCAAACAUAGUAUUUCAAGAGAUUUUUUGAAUGUUUACAACAUAAAUUCCAUUGGAUUUAUUUUUUAUUCUUCACAUGGCGUUCUGAAUAGAACUGUAUUUAUGUUUUCUUCCUUGCUUUGUUUUUACAACAUGUCAAUAUCAAACGUAGUUUGAAAUGAAGCUGGGUUUAUUUGGCAAAAUUAUGUCAUUUGUUAUGGUCCAAACAAAUAUUUUCAUGGUGCCAGUUAAAAGUAUAAAAUGUAGUUCUUCUUGAAAAGAUCAGGACUUAUAUGACAUAAUUUCAGCAAGAGUAUUUAUGCUGAUUAAUUUACAUUUCACUUGUAAUUUUGUUAUUUUUCAUGUCUUUGUUUUAAUUUCUUAAUGUGAAAAAGCAACUUAUGUUUUCCUCAUGAGCAUUUAUUUUAAAGAAAAACCCAUGGCUGCCAAAACAAUAUGGCCGACAUGCCAAGCUUUUUUAGUAUUUAACUUGUUCUCAUACUCAUAUACAAAUAUUGAAAAGUGCACACACACGCUAACCUUUUGUAUGUUCUAAACUACUGAGUGCAGCUGCAGCACAUGCUGCUAAUUGAAAUGAUGUUAAUCUAAUUUAAUGAAUGCCACAUCUCAGUAUGAGAACAGCGGGUGAAGUGAAAGAGCUUGACUCAUGAAAGAAGCAAAAUGGUUAACUAAAACCUACAACGAUUCAAUUCCUUCCUUCCUUUUAACCAGUAUUUGUAAAAACUUAGGUAAUUAAGUCUGAGUAAAAUUAAUUCAGAUUUCACUCUCCAAAUGAUCCAACUUUCCUGUAAUACUUUCAUGAAUUCGUUUUAGAAUUUUACUCAAACACAAUUAUUAAUGUCAGGUAUGAAGUGAACUAAAUGUUUUUUGGUAUUUUAGAGAGAAAACAAUGAGUAGAAGAAGAAUCAGGUGAUGCCUAUCAAAUAGCCUGAGUAUUAAAUCAUUAUUAAUAAGAAGUGAAGUAAAUGCACAGAUUACAGCAACAGAAAUUAUACACAAAAUGGAAAACAGCCUAUUUUUUCCUACAGUUUAUCUAUUACAUUUGUUAUCUUAAGGUUUUAAUUAGGAAUUGCAAACAUUCUUUAUUCUGAUGUCAAAGGCCUUAAUGAGACCCUGAACAUCCCCCCUUAAACCCACACACUUUUGUUCUAGAUCGAUGAAGGUGUGUGAUUUUCUACUCUUUUUUUUAGAGGCUUGGAACUGAAUAGAGAAAAUUACACAUUGCUGCCUUAAAAACAGCCCCUAAAAAUGGUUGCAUACAGAUUUCAGAGUUAAGCUGCAUUCAUUCCAGUCCAGCAUAAAAAACACAACAGCACUUGUGACUUUCUGGAUCAGGAACGCAGUUUUGGUAUUUUACACAUAUUUUAAUAAACUUGUCCUGGAAAUGUUUACAUCUUAGCCUUAAACUCAUUAUGCACAGUACUUAAAGCUUGAGAUUUGAGGUUUAGCCACACAUAAUUUGCACCAAACCGUACAUGUUUGAUGCCACUUCAUUUGUCAUCUUGUCUGUGUUUCUACAUCACCUAGCCCCGCCCACUGAGAACAGGAAGUGACUUGUUUUACUCAUGGACAUCUUUGACAUUCUGAGUGUAUAUGUGUGUAAGAUAUGUGUUCAUGUUGCUUUGUUUUGUUACUUUCCACAAAGAUUCCUCACCUCACCACGGCACUAGAUACCGGCAUUAAUCUAUCGUGUAUUUUUUUAUGUGCACUAAAAUAGUUAGGAAAUAUUUUCAUUUGCCCCUGAACAGUAGCUCUUUUGGAAUAAAGGUGCCAGUUGAGGAUGAUUAUCAUCGAACAAACGCCUUUCAAAGGUUUUAACCUACAAAGUGGUCAGUGGUCUAAAGAUGAAUGAGGAUUUAAAGGUACCAAGAGCUUUAGUCUUUGCCAACGUCAUCCUGUUUGAAUGGAGUAAGUGCGUGAAUACAUCUGAUUCACUUUCUGAAAGCACAUCUCAGUUGAGCGAGACAGUGAAUAGAACUUUUAAAAUUCACAAUUACAAGAUUAAAAUGUGCCCACAUUCUGAUGCUUAAUGCAGGACUGGAUGCAAACACCUAAACUAAAUUGUAACCCUUCUAAAUACAUGUAAAUGUCACUAUAACCUUAUUGCUAAUUCCCUUACCAUGAAACAGGAAGUCUUUUUGCUCCCAGAGACAUUAGCCAAACUGACUGAUUACUUUGGCUCCUGACAAGAAGGUAUUUUUGUGCCCUAAGAAAAGCUUGCAAUGCACCACACGACAUUCCCAGAAUACGAACGCAUAAACACAGUGGCGCUCAGGGCCCUUGAAUGCUGUUCUUUCUGUUCUCAUUAAAAAAAUUAUAUUUCUGACUUUGAACCAAUGUUUAUUCAUCUGUUCUUACUUUGAUAGGAGGUCUGAAUUUAAGUUUUCCUUAACUGCAUGCUAUAGAUGUUUAGCUAAGCUGUCACUUGUGGGCUACAUUAUAUUUGUUAUGGCACUAGUUUUAGUGCAAGAGUACUAUUUUGAGUAACCAUGAAAUUUAUGUAAUAAAGUGUAAUAAUAAAGUGUCUGCAAAGUA